UGAAGUGGGGACCGAAAUGGUGGCGGUGCCGAACAUGUGAAGCAGGCAGGCUAGUGAGGCUACAGCGGUGUUUGGAGCAGCAACAGCGAGAGGGACGGGCUGCUGUUCCUACUCUAUGGUCAUCAUUUUCCCUCCAGUAAUCCAGACGAGUGACCAGUGUGUGACCAGAAGCUCUGCCAUCCUGCUCUCUUUGAACAUUUUGAAUCGGUUUCAACAUGGAUGGUUACCCCGCCAUGGAUCAGCUUCUACCAUCACCGGGGUUCAGUAUUCCCAGCAUUGGGACACCUCUGCCACACUCAGGGGAGGAGGAGAUGAUAUUGCUCUCUGCUCAGCAAAAGCAGCAGCAACAAUCCACUCAAGAACAACAGCAACAGUCCUCACAACAGCAGCAGCCACAGGGUUCCCAGAUGGGGCAGCAGCAGCAGCAGCAAGGGUCACAGAUGGGGCAGCAGCAGUUCAGCAGCGGCCUCACGCCACACACACUCCUGCAGCCUCACACACCAAACCUGAUGUCCCCAGCCAUGGGCACUGGUGGGUCACAGGUUGGUGUGGGCAGUAUGUUUGGCUCAGCAUUGGGACCCUCCACUCCAGCAGGGGGGCCCAUGACUCCCAUGACCCCACACUCCAAUGACCCAGGCAUUGUACCACAGCUACAGAACAUUGUCUCCACAGUCAACCUCAACUGCAAACUUGACCUCAAAAAAAUUGCCCUACAUGCGCGUAAUGCAGAGUACAAUCCCAAGCGAUUUGCAGCGGUGAUUAUGAGGAUCCGUGACCCUCGCACCACUGCCCUUAUUUUCUCCUCAGGCAAGAUGGUGUGUACGGGUGCCAAGAGUGAGGAUGACUCCAGACUAGCAGCCAGGAAAUAUGCUCGGAUUGUACAGAAACUUGGGUUUCCAGCAAAAUUUAUGGAGUUCAAGAUACAAAACAUGGUGGGCAGUUGUGAUGUGAAGUUUCCUAUUAGACUGGAAGGCCUUGUGCUCACCCACAGUCAGUUCAGCAGUUAUGAGCCGGAGUUGUUCCCUGGUUUGAUCUAUCGUAUGGUGAAGCCUCGUAUUGUCCUCCUCAUAUUUGUGUCUGGCAAGGUGGUACUCACAGGUGCAAAAGUGAGGAAUCAGAUUUAUGAAGCUUUUGACAACAUUUACCCCAUCUUAAAAAGCUUCAAGAAGCAAUGAUGACACAUUGGGCAUCACAGAAGUGAGUGUUAUGGGGGGUUAUGGGAAAAUCUUUUUACAAUGUACAAACUGUAUGUUUUAGUGAAGGCCUCUUUAUUUAUCAUAAUUAUUAUCAUUAAUGUUAUUAUUGUAAUUAUUAUUUUGUUAUUAUUAUUUUAUAUUCCACAAAAGCUGUCCAGAUUUUUUUAUAUGUUCUGUCUAAGCUGUCCUGAUUUCUAUAGUUUGGUGGGCUUUGGGAAUGAGAACUUUCAAUAACAUCUUCAAUUUUUCAUUUGUUACAGAAUAGGAUUUAAAUCUUUGUGUUAUGUGGACUGUAUUAGAGUAUACCUCACGUAUUCGUUGAAGUGGGAAGGAAGGAGGCAAAUCGUUGUGCAGUUUUGUUUUCAUGACACUCAUAGAGAGUCGAGGACUCUUUCUGGCAUUGCUCUCUCCUCCACGUGUUGGUUUGUCUUUCCCACAAACAUUCUUGGUACAUUGGAGUCUCUCAAGAAUUUGAAAAGAACAUUAUAAUUAAUCUCUAUUUUACAAAAAUACAUGGUAGAAAAAUUUGUAUAUAGUGUUUUCUUGGUAUUUGUAAUUUUGCUGUGAUUCUUGGCAAUAUGAUGGGUAUCUAUAUAAAUUAUACAGUUUCUGGUUCAUAAAACAGUUAUCAUAUAAUGACAUUUUGGUAGUUCAGGUUACAUAUUGUUCAUUGCUGACAUGAAAUUGCAUUGGUGCAUGACAAAAAUGCUUACUAAUACAUUUUAUACUUCUGACAAUUUUUGAUUUUCAUAGGUUUCUUGAAUGAAACCAUUGCAAAUACCAAAAAUUCAUUAUAUAUUUAGGGUUAUUUGUCAUCACAAGUGGCUUCAUGAAGAGUUAUGAUGACAUGCAAGUCUUUGUACCAGAAGCCCAACAAAAAUGGUGAUAGUUGCUGAUUGGUGUGCUUAUGCAUGUUACAAACAAACAACUGUCAUACUCAUAAUUCUUUUAUAAAACUUUUCAUUGAAUAUGUGAAUCUGGUGAUUUAGAUUAGUUUGGAAAAUGUGCAAAGGAAUGUAAAUGAAAUGAAUGAAUGAAAAAUGAAUGAAAGGAAGAGCUUAAUUUUGACCCAUGUGCAGAGGUGCUGGAAGUGAAGUGAAGACAAGGAGGGCAGGGUCUGUGUUGGAUUUUCUGGUUACUUUCAUCUUUCAGCCACCAUCCUACCCACUCAUCCAACCACUUCUGUACUCAACUUCUUUCCUUUCUCCAUCAUCUGUUACUGGUUACACACUAUAAAUUUUAUUUCUUCCCCUGCCAUCCAUUACCCUGACCACUACCUGUCAUCCAUGUUAGUCAAAAUCUGUUCUGUUUUGCAUUAUUGGCAUCAAGAAAACAAUAUAGUUGGCCAAGUAUAUGACUUCCAACUAACUCAAUGUAUAGUUUUGAAGCUUGUAAUAUUCAUGGUUUCAAAAGAUGACAGGUGAUUGUCAGUGCAAUAUUGAGAGACUCAAGUGUACUGCAUCAUUCCCAGAACCAUUAUAGUGGUAAACUUAGAAAUUUGGUUGAUUCCUAUGGACUGGGUAGUCAACUUUGCCGGGGAAUGGAAUGUGUAUCUCCGUAACAUGGUUGUUGUUAUGUUGGAGUAGUGAGUUGAUCAUGUAUCUUUUAGAUACCUGAAAACUUCUCCAUCUCUUUUUUAGUAAAAGAGGAAUCUAUAUUAAUAUUAAGUAAGAUUUUUUAGUACAAGGGAAAGCAGCAAAGCAUGAAUUGUUAAGCUGCAAGUAAAAUAAGCCAUAACUUUGUCAGGCAGGAGUAUUUUUCCUACUUAAUGUGUGAGAGAAGUGUAUUUAAUUCACUGUAAAUUCAUAAAUGACAGACAAUAACAACAAUCACUGUUGAGUAGAUACUUCAGUCUUUGCCAGUAUUCUUGUAAAAAACAUACAAUUUUAUUUUGUACAUCACUUAAAAAUCAUUGUCACCAAAAUAAAAAUCAGGUACAGAAAGUAAAUGAAGGGCUACAAUCUUUCUCCUGAUUGGUCAAAAUCUUUGGGUAUUUUCUUAGUGGUAGUCAUUUUGGAUGUAGAUGUAUUAACUGAUAUAUUUUUUACCUUACUUCCUUCUUUAAGAUAUUAAUAAAUGUUUGUAUGAAUAUAUACAUAACAGUGGA